AUGGACGCGGAACGCAGUAUGACACCGCUGGCGGAACAAAUGAUGCUUUUCAGGCACAACAUCCCAGCGCCAUCCCAAAUGGGGCCAGGCUUGGGGCGGAGCUCGUACAUUGACGACAUCGCUCAUGGGGCAGCCCCAUGGGGUCAACUAUGUGACGACCUGGAUGCACUACUCUAUCGGGAUACGUGCUACCCCAAAAUCGUGAAAGGCAUUCAGGAACUACCGUUCCCGUCAACCCUGAAUGGAGUCCAAUCAUUCCUAGGCAGUCUGAAUUACUACCACAAGUUCAUCGAAGCCUAUGUCAUGGUAGCUGCGUCACUCUACAAGUUGACGGUAGAUCAAGUGCACGCAGGGCGAGAUCUGAUUCGAGCGAAGGAGUCUUCGGAGAUCCUGAAAAGGAAGAUUGUGUCGACUCCGCUGCUUAGACAUCCGGAUCGAACGAUACCUUUCAUGAUCAUUCCUCAUGCGAAUCAGUGGGCUUCUUGUGCAGUCCUCGGACAGAUACAUGACGGACUUGUUCAACCUGUUCGAUUCGCGGGGCGUGUCUUGAAUGGCGCCGAGUUCAAAUACCAUAUCGCUGAGAAGGAAGUUCUCGCUGUGAUGCGGGCGCUCCAUGUGUUCAAGAACCUGGUCGAAGGAUGUCCUUUGAUAAUCUACACCCGACAUUCAGUGUUGAAGUGGGUCAUCAAUUUCAAGACAACUGAAGGUCGUCUAGUGCCAUAA